CUUGCCCCGCAGACCAGGAGGUGCGCGAAGGAGAGGCCCGCCUACGCCCCGAGCAGCAGCGACGAUGAAGGUCCGUCAAAGGAGGGCGGCGUCACCUACAAAUCGACAAGGUCGGCGAAACCUGUUGGCCCAGAAGAUAUGGGAGCCACAGCAGUUUAUGAACUGGACACGGAGAAGGAGAAAGAUGCCCAGGCCAUCUUUGAGCGCAGCCAGAAAAUCCAGGAGGAGCUGAGAGGAAAGGAAGAUGAUAAAAUUUACCGUGGUAUUAACAACUACCAGAAGUAUGUGAAGCCCAAGGACACAUCAAUGGGAAAUGCCUCCUCAGGAAUGGUCAGAAAAGGACCCAUCCGUGCUCCGGAGCACUUGCGGGCCACGGUGCGGUGGGAUUACCAGCCCGACAUCUGCAAGGACUACAAAGAAACGGGGUUCUGUGGCUUUGGGGACAGCUGCAAAUUCCUCCACGAUCGCUCGGACUACAAACACGGCUGGCAGAUCGAACGGGAACUGGAUGAAGGCCGGUACGGAGUCAAUGAUGAGGAAAACUACGAGGUGAGCAGCGAUGAGGAGGAUAUGCCUUUCAAGUGCUUCAUCUGCAGAAGUUCCUUCAAGAACCCCGUGGUCACCAAGUAA